AUGUCGGCUUUUGCCCGCAAAACGACCACCUUCCUCUGGUCGCUCUUUCUCUUUCCUUUCAACACACUCAUGCAGGCAGCACGGCUUUUCCCCGGUUUUCGACAAACAAGUCAUCCACCAAUACUUCCCCGAUCGGCCUCUGUCUCCGGCGCUGGUCCCGGCGGCAACAGCAAUACCUACAGCGACGUUAACGAGGGCCCCGGAAGCCACAACAAAGACACCAACAUGACGACGGCAUCGACUUCUCCUGCUGCCUCGGCGCAGCAGGAUCGCAAGGGAGUCCCCUCCGGAGCCUUCCCAGCAGCCCCUCGCGUUCAUCCAGCUGUUUCUGGGGAAGAGAACUACCCACAGCCUGGUUCUUCCUCGACCGCCCAAAAUGACGACGAGCAGUUCAUCGAGAUGACCUCAAAUCUGAACUUGAACGAUACGCCGGCCCAGGAAACCGAUGUACCGCCGAUACCCUUUCAGGAUGUGGCCAACCGCUUGGGAAUCACAACGACGGACGUGACUUCAUCAAAAGCCGACACACUGGUAGUUCCAGAGGUGACCAAAGCCCCGGCCGUCCCGUUCCUGCACGCGUUCUCCCAGACUAGUAGGCUGAAGGAGACCCCGACGUCUAUGGAGCUGGACGGCGUAACGGUGCAGGUCCACUCCAAGACUGAGACACCGGAGCAGGCGGCUGAGAGGGCGGUACACAGUCGGUUCAUGAGAGAGGCUCUUGAUAUGGCCAGACUCGCUCUCAAAACCAACGAGACGCCCGUGGGUUGUGUGCUUGUCUACAAGGGGCGUGUCAUCGCCCGGGGCAUGAACGCGACCAACGUAACGCGCAACGGAACGAGGCACGCAGAGCUGAUGGCCAUCUCAGCCUUGUUGUCUUUCUCGCCCGCAUCUGAUACCGAGACCAAGACCCACGGUUCGCCAGCGGACGCAUCAGCGCUUGGGAUGCCCCUCAGCGACAAGACCAACCAGCCGCAAGCCACGGAGGAGACUAGUACCUGGGGUGACGUGGAUCCGAAAGACGGCCAUCUCUACCCUUACGGCCAGAAGCUCCACCCUUCGCCUCGUGUGGACCCCUCGGUCAUUACCGAGUGCACGCUGUAUGUCACCGUCGAGCCGUGCGUCAUGUGUGCUUCGCUGCUUCGCCAGUUCGGCGUCAAGAAGGUCUACUUUGGCGCUGUCAACGACAAGUUUGGAGGCACUGGCGGUGUGUUCCGGAUCCACAAGAACUCGCCCUUCUCGAUGGCCUCGGCUCCUCCGUCGCCUGCGCCGCAGAAUGGCAAGGGCAUCGCGAGGCCGGCUCUCGAGCGCCGUCCGGUCUCUACCGACGCCGUCUCCGAGGAGCCGAACCCGUUGGAUGAAAUCAGCCGGGCGAACGGCGUGAUCGUUGCUCCGAUUGAUACGUCUGCCCUUCCGGGCGAUGGUGGCAACAUUGAGCGUGGGUACGAGGCUGAGGGUGGAUGGGGCCGUGAUGAAGCGGUGACAUUGCUGAGGCAAUUUUAUGUCCAGGAGAACAACAGGGCUCCCGUUCCGCGAAAGAAGGAAGGCCGAGCGGCCCGUCUGGCUGCCUUGAUGGAACGCAACGGGCAGCCCGGCGGUCCUGUCGACGUCAACGGGACAAAAUCACAAGAUGGUUCAGGGGCGAGCACACCCGUCAUCUCUGAGUCGACCCUUGAUGACACUGCCGACGAUGAGGCCGAGAAUGGGACUGGGAAUGCGACUGAGGAUGGGGCUGAGGAUAGUGCCGACGAUGAAGACGAUAGUGUCACCUCCUAG